ACACCAUUAAUGCCGUCUACAGUAUUUCUCUCCUCUCUCCUCUCUCCUCUCUCCUCUCUCCUCUUUUAAAUCCAAAUCCCAAUUGACACUCACCGCCGUUGAUCUCUCUCUGUCUCUCUCUCUCUCGAUUUUCUCGGUGAAUCUUCGAUGAAUUGAAGUUCAGACUAGGACCCACAUUUUUGAAAUUUUCCUUUUUGUAUUUUCUCGAGAAACCUCUUUUUCUACCCACACGCGGACGCUCUCCUCGUUUUCUCUCUCUUAGGAGACUUUAAUUUGAAAUUUCAGUGAUACCCAUUUAGUUAGUUCUGUUAUUUACCUACAUACGCGUAUUGGUAUAUGUUUCCGAAUCAUUAGAGACGACAAGGCCCUUUUGAGGGUUUGUGUUUCUCUUCUUCUGGAUCAUUGAUUGAAUCGCCCAUUCAGUGAACAACUGUUCAUACAAUCAAUGUCAACUGCGAAUUCAUACUUUGAGGACCUGCGAAGUAAGCCCGAGGUCAUUGAUCCUACCCAAAAUGAAGACAUGGUGGAUGUUGGUGAACAUGUGAAUGAUACUGCUCAAAGUGCUCUAAAGCCUAAUGUGACUGUCUCUAGCAGUGUUCGUGAACUAUUGGAAUGCCCAGUGUGCUUAAAUGCUAUGUACCCUCCUAUACAUCAGUGUUCUAAUGGUCACACAUUAUGUUCUGGUUGCAAGCCUAGGGUGCACAACCGGUGCCCAACUUGCAGGCAUGAACUUGGCAACAUCAGAUGUCUUGCAUUGGAGAAAGUGGCUGCAUCCCUUGAACUUCCAUGUAAAUAUCAGAGUUUUGGGUGCAUUGGCAUCUACCCGUAUUACAGCAAGGUAAAACAUGAAUCCCAAUGCGUUUUCAGACCCUAUAAUUGCCCCUAUGCUGGAUCAGAGUGCACGGUCAUUGGCGAUGUUCCUUCUCUUGUGGCUCAUCUAAAAGAUGAUCACAAAGUUGAUAUGCACAGUGGCACUACUUUCAACCAUCGUUAUGUCAAAUCAAAUCCUCACGAGGUGGAAAAUGCAACAUGGAUGCUAACGGUCUUCAGUUGCUAUGGUCAAUAUUUCUGUUUGCAUUUCGAAGCAUUCCAGCUGGGGAUGGCUCCUGUCUACAUAGCAUUCUUGCGGUUUAUGGGUGAUGAUAAUGAGGCCAAGAAUUACAGCUACAGUCUGGAGGUUGGGGGGAACGGGAGGAAGAUUACUUGGCAAGGGGUGCCUAGAAGCAUAAGGGACAGCCAUCGCAAGGUUCGUGACAGUUUUGAUGGUCUCAUCAUCCAACGCAACAUGGCACUUUUUUUCUCUGGUGUAGACCGGAAGGAAUUGAAGCUCAGGGUUACCGGUAGAAUAUGGAAAGAACAGUGACGGAAUUGUAAGAUGUGCAACUUAUGCCUACGAUUUUAAUCUAGAUUAGUUUCUUUUAGCUGUGUCAUGGAGGUUUGUGUUCGUGUAUUCUUUGGCAUGUAGGUGGCAAAGUCUCUUUGCUAGUCUAUGCAGGCAUGAACUAUCGAGAUGUUAUAUUUUUGGAAAAUUUAUGAUUAG